GCGGUCAUUACAGCAGUUCAGCAUCAUCACCGUUUGUGUGCAGCAUCUCAGACAGGUGCGGAGACUCUGAAAACAGACGCAAAGACUUUUUGAAGUAAGCCAAAUUAGAUUCAAAACUGAGACCAUGACCCAGGGAAAGGUUUCAGUGACAAACAAGUCAAACAAUGGCUCGGAUGUUCAGCCGAUGGCCUCAGCUCCUCCAAGUUAUGAGGAGGCAACUGCUGGUGGAAGCCCUUGUUAUAGUGGAGCUUAUCCUGGAGAUAGUGAGAUGCUCACAGAAUUCAGCUGGGAUGACCAAAACAUCAGGAGGAUAUUCAUCCGCAAGGUGUACACCAUCCUGAUGCUCCAGCUAUCUGUCACAUUAGCCUUUGUGGCUGUUUUCAUUUUCUGUGAACCUGUGAAAUAUUACAUACAGACCAACCCUGGCUGGUACUGGGCAUCAUAUGUAGUGUUUUUUGUCACAUAUCUGACCCUAUCCUGCUGCCGUGGACCCCGGAGGUAGUUCCCAUGGAAUCUGAUUCUGCUGAUUAUUUUUACUCUGUCUCUUUCUUACAUGACAGGAAUGCUCUCCAGCUACUACAAUACUAAAUCUGUCAUCAUCUGCCUGGGUAUUACUGCCUUGGUGUGUCUUGCUAUUACUAUCUUUAGCUUCCAAACCAAGAUUGAUAUUACUUCAUACCAAGGCGUGCUGUUAGUUUUCUGCACAGUAUUGUUCAUUUGUGGACUUGUCCUGGCAGUCAUCCUGCUCUUUGGAUAUGUUCCAUGGUUGCAUGCUGUGUACGCUGCCUUGGGAGCAAUACUGUUUUGCAUGUUCCUGGCAUUUGACACACAGAUGCUGAUGGGGAAAAAGCAAUACACCAUAAGUCCUGAGGAAUACAUCUUUGCCACCCUCAGCAUAUACCUGGACGUUGUUUACAUCUUCUCUUUCUUUCUCCAGUUGUUUGGAACUCCUGAACGGGAGUGAAUGUGCUGUUAACCUGAAGCUCCAACGGCUCUUCUUUUGUCUCUCUGAUCUGAGUGAUCAUGCCUUUCCAGCAUGAUAUGGAUCUUCAGUGCACGCUGUUUUUUUUUAAGCUCACCUCCGCUUUUACGAUGUGCCACACAUUUAUCCUGUAGCGUGAAGGAGGUCUUGCAUAUUAUACGUUGCUUAUGUACACUGGUAAAACUUUAACGACAUUCAGCUAGUUUUACAACUGGUGUCAUAGAAAACAAAAAAGAAAAUAACAAAUGCACUGGCGUCAGCUGUCUGUGAAACCUGUCUGAUGUCAUUAGCAGUGAAAGUGCAUGAAAUAUCAGAGCAUCACAUUUAUCCAUCGAUGUCUACCUCAUUCCUCUUUGUGUCUGACCCUGCAAAAGUUUCAUAUGUGAUAUCACAGCAUGAGGACAUUUUAACUAAUCAUUCUGAGAAACUAGAUAUUGGGAUGAAUAUUUUCAUAACAAGUUUUUUUGAAUAGCUGGCUGGGUUUUAGGAGUGCACCAUGAAUCAAAGUAGGCCUAACACUUACAUUUCUGAGUUAAUUUGUACAAAUUUGAUUGAAAUAAUCAGUGCUUCCAUUUGAAUUUACCUUGAUAUUUCAUAGGAAUUUUCUAUUUUGAUUUUUGCUGCCAUUGUAAGUCAGCUUGAUUGAAA